AUGACUUUCUUUUCAAAAGAUUAUUUUUUAAAAUUAUUGAAAGAAUUAACAAUUGCCGAUGAACAAAUAAAAUCUUUAGGAGUGUAUGUGAUUUCAUUUAAAGAGGAAUAUGAUAAUAUUUUAGAAGCUUAUUCUUUUCUGUACAAGGAUUCUAGUAUACAUCAUAAACUUGUUUUGCUAUAUUUAGCAAAUCAAAUAUUGCAGAGUGUUAAAGGCAAUGAUGAUAGCAUUUCUGGUUUGCAAAACGGGUUUAAAAAGUUUAUUAUUGAAAACUUUUUUAAGUCUAAGAGGGAAGCUUUGCCAUAUAGUACUAUUUGUGAGAAAUUUAAUGAUUUGGAAAGAGUCUGGAAAGAGAGAGGUGUUGUAAAAUUGCAAUAA